CUCACUCUCCUUCAUCGGGAAUUUUAUGCUGUGCGUUUCCAAAUCUCUGUAUUUCGUUUCUUUUGAUCGGGAAAACAAUAGUUUAUCCGGCUCCGACCUCGUUGACUUUUCUCUCUCUAUCUCUCUCUCUCUCUCUUCUUUUUUUAUACUCAGAUAGAUUCCAAAGUUCUCGUCUCUUACUUCUCCUCCUAAUCUGAUAGAUUCCAACUGGGGUCUGAUUGUAACCCUCUGGAAAACUAUUGUGUUCCUCGAAAACAACGGUCUCUUAAUUUGUUGAUUCCUCUUCCUUAAAUUAACUGUUAAGACUAUUGGGAAAUUAUGUUUGGGGAGUGAAUAAAUGGGAGUCAUCGUCAGAGUUGAGUGGUCUUGUUCAUUCUGUUUUGAAUUUGUCUUCCUCCUUCCCUUACGCUUCUCUGACAAAGAGUAUGCGCAGAUUCCGGAAACCGUUUUCCACCUUUUUAAAAAAUCUGCUAAAAAGUUUUCCGACUUCUUUUAAAACUUUCCCUUUCUGGAUUCUCAUAAACAUAAAGAGCUUUAAGUUUCUUCCUUCCUUAUAUUAUCUUUCUUUUUUUUUCUCUCUCUCCCUCUCCUUCUCUUAGCUAUUCUGCAAAUCUGUCAGAAUCUGCCGCCUUUUGCUAAAUCUGAGAAUCUGGAUGUUGGAGAAAGUGGAGAGUUUCAACAUGAACAGAGUAAUCGAUGAAUUCGAUGAAAUGACAAGAGACGCAGAUCAAGUCCAGAUACAGACCUUGAAAGAGAUUCUACAGAAGAACAAAUCCGCCGUUUACUUACAAAACUUUGGAAUCAAUGGAAACACAACAGACCCAGAAGCUUUCAAAGCAUUGGUUCCAUUAGUCACUGAUCUUGACUUAGAGCCUUACAUCAAAAGAAUGGUGGAUGGUGACACUUCACCUAUCCUCACAGGCCAGCCCGUUCCAGCCAUUUCCUUGAGCUCUGGAACUAGUCAAGGCCGUCCAAAGUUUGUUCCUUUCACUGAUGAAUUAAUGGAGAACACAUUGCAACUGUUUCGCACUGCUUUUGCCUUCAGAAACAGAGAAUUUCCAAUAGAUGAGAAUGGGAAAGCUUUGCAAUUUCUGUUCAGCAGCAAGCAGUACAUAUCAACGGGAGGUGUCCCUGUUGGAACCGCAACCACAAACGUUUACCGGAACCCUAAUUUCAAGGCCGGCAUGAAAUCUAUACAGUCCCCUUGUUGUAGCCCCGACGAAGUUAUCUUCAGUCCUGAUGUCCACCAAGCCUUGUACUGCCACCUCUUAUCAGGAGUCCUGUUCCGAGACCAAGUUCAAUACGUCUUUGCUCCUUUCGCUCACGGUAUAGUUCACGCGUUUAGAACCUUUGAACAGGUUUGGGAAGAGAUCGUUACCGAUAUAGAAGACGGCGUCUUAAGCAACCGCAUCACCGUCCCAUCUGUGCGUAACGCAAUGUCGAAGCUGCUCACACCUAACCCUGAGCUAGCAGACACAAUACGCUCCAAAUGCAUGAGUCUUAGCAAUUGGUAUGGGUUGAUUCCUGCUCUCUUCCCCAACGCAAAGUAUGUUUACGGGAUCAUGACUGGCUCCAUGGAGCCGUAUGUGAAAAAGCUGAGACAUUACGCUGCUGAUUUACCUCUUGUGAGCCAUGACUACGGCAGCUCUGAAGGCUGGAUUGCUGCUAAUGUUACUCCGAGCUUGUCUCCUGAGGAAGCUACCUUUGCCGUGAUUCCUAAUCUCGGUUUCUUCGAGUUUCUCCCUGUGUCUGAAACAGGGGAAGAUGGCGAGCUUGAACCCGUCGGUUUAACUGAUGUCAAACUUGGACAAGAGUACGAGGUUGUCAUCACAAAUUACGCAGGGUUGUAUCGAUACCGGCUUGGAGAUGUGGUAAAGAUCAUUGGUUUCUACAACAAAACUCCGCAACUGAAAUUUAUAUGCAGGAGAAACCUAAUCCUCUCGAUCAACAUCGACAAGAACACCGAACGAGACCUUCAGCUUUCCGUGGAAUCAGCAGCAAAGAGACUCUCGGAAGAAAAGAUCGAAGUCAUCGACUUCUCAAGCCACGUCGAUGUCUCGACUGAUCCUGGACACUACGUUAUAUUCUGGGAGAUUUCAGGUGAAACGAACGAAGAUGUUCUCCAAGAUUGCUGCAACUGUUUAGACCGAGGGUUCAUCGAUGCGGGCUAUAUGAGUUCCCGAAAAUGCAAGACUAUUGGAGCGUUGGAGCUGAGAAUUGUCGAGAAAGGAACUUUCAGGAAGGUUCAAGAACAUUUUCUCGGGCUUGGUUCAUCGGCUGGACAGUUUAAGAUGCCAAGAUGUGUGAAGCCAAGUAAUGCCAAGGUUCUGCAAAUUCUGUGUGGGAAUGUGUUGCAUAGUUUCUUCAGCACAGCUUUUGAAUGA